AUGUCGCGAACUUUGAAAAACGGUCGUUUUGCGUCAAUCGAGGAUGCUCAAUUCGAAAACGAUCGCGGCGUCACCAAAGCUAUCGACACCGAAAGCGGCGCUUCUGUAAUGAUCAAGUGGAUCACCGUCAAGGGGCCUCGAACUAUCAUCGCCGCGGAAGAAGAAGCUGGAAUUUUGCGAGAUUUGAGCGUAGAGAGCCAGUUUAUCGUUAGAUUCGUCGACUUUUUGCCCAAAGUUUCUCCAGAAUGGUGGGAGUGGAAUGCUUUUUCUUUCAUCGUGAUGGAGUUCUGCCCUGAGGGAUCUUUGAAAGACUGGAUUGAGGCGAGGAGAGAACAGGGAAGACGGACUUCCGUCAAGGAAGCGACUUUAAUUGCGACACAACUUGCUAUGGCGCUGAGUUUUUGCCAUUCGAAGAAGAUUGCGCACUUGGAUGUCAAACCGGCGAAUGUUAUGAUGAUGGCCGACGGAUGCACUAUCAAACUUGGCGACUUCGGCAUUUCGACUCUUCUCGACUCGGUUCGAGACACCAUCACAACCAAAGGCUUGCAAGGGGUCGUCGAACAUACGGUUCUUUAUAUAACUCCAGAAUUUUUGCGAAAUCAGGUCGACUCAAAGUCGCCGAGAAUCGAUGUUUGGGGCUUCGGACUUGUUCUUCAAGAAUUGAUCACUUUGGAACACGCUUUUGGCCGGCAUAAUGCACAACCAGCAGAUGAUCGCAGAAUCGUGAAAAACAUGAAAAGAACAAAACGAACUCCUUUCUCUGAAAUUUUGGGAGAAAACAACGAUUUCACCGAUUUCGAAGUUCUCAUUCAAAAAUGCCUCAAUCCUUCAAGGGAAUCUCGCCCAGACAACAUGAUGAUGGUCAAAAACGAAGAAAUCUUCGCCGAAGUCGUGGAAAGAAUCGAAAACGGAGAACUUCCAAGUGACAUCAUGGCCACUCCUGCUCAAAUAAUCAAGAAGCUGCGAGAAGAAAACGAGCAAAAAGAUCGACAAAUUCAGAUGCUCGAAAAUAUUGUCAACAAACAGAUUCGCGAAAAUGACAAAGUCAAACAGGAAUUCGAUGCUCAGCGGGAAAACUGGGAAGAAGAAUCGGCGAAAUUCAAGCAAGAAAUAAAUAUUCUUCAGCGAGAAUCUGUGGCUUCAAGAAAACGGGAUCAGGAAUGGAAUCAACUAAAAUUUGAGCGAAAAAACUGGCAAAAAGAAGCAGAAAAAAUGCGGCGAGAAAUUCAAGAGCUUCAAAAAAAUCUGAAAAGCCUUCUCGACGAAAACGAUCGAAAUCAACGAAAAAUUGGAGAAAUGGACUUGCAAAGAAAUCGAUUUCGAAUUGAAAGCGAAAAUCAGAAGAAAGAAAAUGAAGAGCUGAAAAGGGAAAUUCAGAAGUUUGGAAAAGAAAAGGAAGAAAGGGAGAAAAGAAAAGAGACGAGGGUGAAACAGCUGAUGAAAUUGGAGAGAGAAAUUGGAGUGAAAUAUGUGAACGAUUUAUAUUAUCUUGCUGGGUGCUACUAUGGCGAUGAUCGGAGUAUUAAACAUGGCGGACCAAGAGACGGAUUCAACAAAGAGGUGUUACGAAGCGUGCUUAGACUCCUUGCUCUUGGUGGGCGAGUAAACAUAAAGUUAUGCACUCAUAUCGACGAGAAGGCCGCUUUCGAAGACUGGGAGUUGGAAUAUCGUGCCGCCUGCAAAAGCAAUGGAAAUGGAAGGAUUUCUCCAAAAGAGGACGCGAACCACUAUCUCUGGAUCAAGAGCAAAGAAAACUUCCGAUUUCACGCGGUUGUUCAGCAAUUUCGUGGCGACGAUGGAAUCAUCAAAGACACGAAGGAGAUGACGAGCGUGCCGGAUGGAGGACGACAAUUGCUUAAAAUAAAAUUUGUGUGCGGAAGUGCUAUUCGUUUCAAUAUCUUCUUGCUGUGA